AUGGAGACGGUCCAGGAGUUGAUUCCUCUGGCCAAGGAGUUGAUGGCCCAGAAGCCCAAGGGGAAGCUGGUGAAGCUGUACGUGCUGGGCAGCUUGCUGGCCUUCUUCGGAGUGGUGCUCGGCAUAGUGGAGACCGUGUGCAGCCCCUUCACGGCCGCCAGCCGCCUGCGGGACGAGGAAGCCGCCGUAGCCUCGCUGCAGGCCGCCCGGGAGCGACAGGCCCUGCGGAGGCAGGCGCUGCUGGAAAAAGACAAGCAGCCGGAGUCCGUACGCUGCCGCCGGGGCUUCUCCCACAGGCAGCACGCCUCCUAGGGACCGGGAAAGGCCAGCACAGGAGAGCGAGAGGGCCCGGGAGCCAGCCGAAUCCUAUCCGGACUGACUUCAGAGACAACACUGACAUCUGGAACUGACCAACCACGCGGUUCCACCAGAAGAGUUCCGGAUUGAGUUUUGCCGCUGUGCAGCAGUGCAGAGGGAUGGCACGUCCAAAACUA